UGUUCCGAAUGCUAAUCACGAUCAUGUGACAGACAAAAUGGGGGCUUUUUGUAGCGCCGUUGUUGGUGUGUUUUUCGAGUAUGAUACUCCAAGAAUUGUACAUAUUAAAAGCAAAAAAGUUGGUGUCACUAACAGAUUUCUUCAACUUUGUAUUAUUGGCUAUAUUAUAGGAUUUGCAAUUAUAUUUAAGAAAGGGUAUCAAGAAUUUGAUAAUGUUCAAGGAGCAAUAACGACGAAGGUGAAAGGUGUUGCAGACUAUGAUGGAAAAAUCUGGGACGUGGCAGACUAUAUAGUCCCUCCACAGGAGAACAAUGCUUUCUUUGUAAUUACAAACCUGAUUAUCACCCCUGACCAGAAAAAUGGAACUUGUGAAGAGGAUAUAAGAAUUCCAGGGGCUAAUUGUACAAGCUCACCUGAUGUUUGUAAAAAGGGAGAGCCACUUCUAGCAGGGGAUGGUUUCAUGACUGGGGUUUGCCUCAACUCUAGUAGAGAUCCUGGAAUGAAAUCAUGCGAAGUACAAGCAUGGUGUCCAACAGAAGAUGGUAAACGGUCUGCACCAAAUCCUCCGGCAUUGGGAAUAGCAGAAAAUUUUACUGUUUUCAUUAAGAAUAACAUCGAGUUUCCAAAGUUUAAUGUAAAGAGGAGAAAUAUACUGGGUUAUAACGAUGACAAUGAGUUGAAAAAUUGCCGAUUUACAAAGGACCAUGCAAAAUAUGUCUUCUGUCCAAUUUUUGUUCUGAAAGACCUCACAGAAUAUGCAGGAGUUCAGUUCUCAGAGUUAGCUAAGAAGGGUGGUGUUGUUCAGAUAAUAAUCAACUGGGACUGUAAUUUAGACUAUAAUGUUGAAGACUGUAUACCAGAGUAUUCAUUCCGUAGAUUGGACAGUGAUCAAGACAUUCUGUCAAAAGGCUACAACUUCCGGUAUGCAAAAUAUUACAAGGAUGAAAAUGGUAUAGAAACCAGAACCUUAUAUAAAGCCUAUGGUAUAAAGUUUAUCUUGACAUUACAAGGCAGAGCGGGAAAAUUCAGUCCAGUGCCUCUCAUUCUGAACAUCGGCAGCGGUGUAGCCAUAUUAUCAGUUGCAACUGUUUUGUGUGAUAUUAUGGUAUUAUAUGUAUUAAAAGCUAGACAAACAUAUCGUCAAAAGAAAUAUCUUCAAGUUGUUGGUGAUGACGCAUACAAGCAUGGUGAAAAACAGUACUUACUGUCAGAGAAUACCAGUGUUGAAAUACAGCCCUGUUAGGGAAUGGACAAUGAAGAUGAUGAAAGUUAGCAAACAUUUUGUGUAAAAAAAAAUAUUUAAAAUCACUUUGAUAUGUUUGUAAGGGGUUUAGUUUCAUUAUUAUAACACAAUGUUAAUAUGCACUAGUAUGAAAAAGUUUUUGUUGAUGUUUGAUGACCCGCCUUUAGAUUAGCAAGUAAAUUUUUGAGAAAUCAAAUUUAUCUAACAAUUAUGUAUGAAAAUUUAAAAAAAUGAAAAAUAUUACUCUUUAUCCAUGCAAUGUAUUUGCAGCUUGGUUAAUGUGCAAAAAUAUGGUGAAUUUACUAACUUUAUCUGCACAUUUAUGAAAAUAGAAAAUGCUAUCUUUUCCUAUGAUUUCAAAGUUUAGUGAAUGGUUUAUGUUGAUUAAAGUGCCUUAUAUCCCUUAACUUUUAUUCACUAAAAAAGGAAAUUUACUAUUAAUUUUAAAACAAUGUUGAAAUUUUCACAAGUAAGAAUUAAAUGUUACAGCAACAAGUCAGAUAGCAACUGUCCAAUCAUUUCUUUAAUUUUUAAAUUUUGACUUUAGUAAAGAACUAACUUCUUAUUUAUUAUAUUAGGUAUGAUUUUGUUGUUUUGUUUUUUUUCUUGGUAGAGCUAUUCUUUUUUCAGAGCUGAGCUUCAUUUUUUCUAGGCAGAGCUAUUUUUUCUUGUCGAAGCUUCAUAUGAUUUUCCAGACAGAGCAUAUUUAAGAAUGUUUCCAGAUGUUAAAGUGUCUUUUAACAUGUUACAAUGUCAUUCAAUUAUGUUCAGUGAUUUCUUGCAUAUCCGACAGGAUUAUCGACCGUUUACACCAGUGCUAGAAAAAGCUGUCUUACAACCCCAAUGAAAGACAAGUUGCGUGCUUUAAAUGACAUUGCUGCGCACCUUUUAUAAAUAAAGAGCUUUCUAAGGAUGUCGUCAUUUUACUGUAAUAAAUGUGAAGUUGUAAGUUCAUACGCUAUUGUAAAAUGUAAGUGGGUAAUGAGAAUAUCAGUUUUCGUAAUUUCCAUUCUGAAGAUAAUUGAUAUGUAAUAAUGCAAUAAAAGAAUCAUGUACCAGCUGUUGUCACAGACAGGAAUAUCUAGCUCUAGGGUAAUUAUUUAGCAGAAACUUUGCAGAGCCUAACUUUGCAGAGCAUCGUUACCGCAGUAAACAGUUACCUUCCAGUCUGUAAGGGCAGCCAAUGUAAGAUUCUAAUAGUAUAAAUAUCUCUAAUCUAGAUCUGACUCUUGUUCAUAAUCCAGUUGUGUUUUUUGCUGGCAUUUAAAUUUACUGAAAAUGUCAAGUACAUGUAUACCAAAAUUGAACGGAACAUAUUGUUUGUUAGAUGAAGUUAAGACAUUAAUGAGAAUAUCAGUUUUCUUAAUUUCUGUUCUGAAAAUAAUUGAUAUAUAAUAAGCAAGAAAAAGAAUCAAACACUGGCUGUCAGUACAGAUGGGAAUAUCUAGCUCUCGAGUAACUGUUAAGCAAAGCAGAUGCUUACAGAAAACCUGAUCACAGUGUAGAAAAAAAAAAUCACUUUAUUUUGCUAAUUCUUACAAUAUUUAUUUAUUAACAUAAUUAUAUAAAUAGGUGUGAACAGAUGGGUAAGGAUCUUAAAGUGCAUUUCAGUGGGCAAAAAGGAAAGAUUAAAUCAUUCAAGCACCUUGUCCGGUAAAUACCGGAAUACAGUAUUUAGUGUGGUGCUGGAAGUUCAAUGUUAAAUAUUUAAAAGAGAGAGAGGUUUUGGUGAGAGAGGCUUAGAGAUUUUAUGUCAUCCCAUAUCUGUUGUAAAUUUUACUCAUAUUUGUUUGUUGUGUUGUUAUUUUGAUAAAUAUUGUUGCUUUUUAUGUGCCAUAGAGAUAUAUAUAUAUAUAUACAUGUAUAUUAUUGACACAAUGAUUGUUGUUCAAAAUUUCACAUGACCGGUUUAUAUUAAAAAAGGGGAACAAUUUCAUUACAUUUAUAUUAUAAUCUUCAUAUUUUGGUAGAUCGAUAUACUUGUACCUGUUUAGUGAAGGCAGUUGGAGAUAGGAUGCUGUAAUCGUGUAGAUGAAAUAUGAUGCAAGAAUUCUUUCCCUGUUAUUUGCUUUUGAAUACUAAGGAAUUAUAUAUUUAAAAAAAGUAUGAAGCAUUCCCAGAAUUUUCAAAAGCCUAAUCUUGCUGUUCUAAAAUGCAAAAAUGUCAAAAGACAUAGAUACAAAAAAGUUGAGCUUUGCUGUAUCUUUGUAUUUUUGCCAUUUUUCAAGGGGGGAAAAUAUGACCUGGCCUAAGUUAGCCACCAUGCACCAUAUACAUAUAAUUUUAUGCUUAAAACAUCAUAAGUGUUGUCAUGUUAGUGUCCUGACAUUGAUAUACCAUAAAAUAGAGUUUUUAUAAAUUGUUAUUUAUUUUUAAACUUGGUUGUUAUUUAUUACUCACCAGAACCAAAGAUGAGCUUUGAGUAUGAAAGGGGGAUACUUUAGUCUGCUAUCCUGUCCUGGUUCAACAAUGGUUUUCUCUGAAAUUAAUGUUGACAUUUUCUUCAAAUUUGCUGUGAAGCAUCCAUGUGACCCUCUUAUUGCAAUUUUAGCAAUUGACCCUUGUUAUAGGUCACCAAAGCUAAAGAUAGAGAAACUUUAACACAAUUUUUUUCGAUUAAACUUUAAAGAUAUCAAGUUUUAGAUCAUAGUUUUAGUUGGUAUGUGACAUCAUAAGAUUGUUCUCUGCCAAAUUUAUGCAUUUUUUGUUGGCCACAUUUAGGGACUGCUAGUAGAAAAACAUAACAAAUUUUACUUGUGAACCAUUAGAUAUACUAUUGUUACAAUCAAACUUAGACUGUAAAAUCCAUUUAAAAAAAAACAUCAUAAUCAAAGAGAUAUAAAAUUUUGGGCACAAAAUUAAUACAUUGAUUUUGAUGAGCAAUGCAAGACUGUCAUGACUCUCUUGUAAUGUUAUAAAUGCAUUCCAUGAUACUUUAUAUUAACAAAUGUAUUGUAUUUUAUAUAAAAAAAAUAAGAAAAAUGUCUACAAUUCAUGUCAAAUGUUAUUGAAUGUUAAAACUUGUUAUGAAAAGCAUUUUUUUCAAGCACAUAUUUUUUAAAUAUUUUGUGAAAAUUCAAAUACCAUUGAAACAAUUUGAUGAAAUUUUAUUUUUGUCAAAAGUUCAAAUUUCUUCAAAGAAAUAUUUUUUUAGCAAAUUGUAAGUUGUGUGUUUUUAUUAGGUUAAAUGUAAGGAUUGUAUUUGCAUACCAUUUCAUUAUUUAUGUUACUGAAAUGUUUCUUGUUUUUGUCCUGAUUUUUAGCAUUUUACACAAAUGUCUAUUGAACAGGUGAUUUACUGUAAAUUGGUAAAUAUUAGUGAGUAAAUUUUUUUAGCUCACCUGUCACUUUGUGACAGGGUGAGCUUUUGUGAUCGCUUUUCGUCCGGCGUCCGUCCGUCGUCCGUAAACUUUUACUUUAAAUGACAUCUUCUCAUAAACCACUGAGCCAAUUUCAUCCAAACUUCACAGGAAUGUUCCUUUGGUGGUCACCUUUGAAAAUUGUUCAAAGAAUUUAAUUCCAUGCAGAACUCUGGUUGCCAUGGCAACCAAAAGAAAAAACUUUAAAUAUCAUCUUCUAUAAAACCAAAAGAGCUAGAGCUUAGAUAUUUGGCAUGAAACAUCUUCUAGUAAGUGUCUACCAAGUUUGUUCAAAUAAAAGCCCUGGGGUCAAAAUUGGCCCCGCCCCAGGGGGUCAUUGAUUUUCCCUAUAUGCAUAUAGUAAAAACUUAAAAAAUCUUCUUUUAAAGAACCCAAAGAGCUAGAGCUAAGAUAUUUAGCAUGAAACAUCUUCUAAUGGGUGUCUACCAAGUUUGUUCAAAUAAAAGCCCUGGGGUCAAAAUUGGCCCUGCCCCAGGGGGUCAUUGAUUUUUCCUAUAUGCAUAUAGUAAAAACUUAAAAAUCUUCUUUUAAAGAACCCAAAGAGCUAGAGCUAAGAUAUUUGGCAUGAAACAUGUUGUAAUGGAUGUCUACCAAGUUUGUUCAAAUAAGUGCCCUUGGGUCAAAAUUGGCUCCGCCCCAGGGGGUCAUUGAUUUUCCUUAUAUGUGUAUAGCAAAAACUUAAAAAAUCUUCUUUGAAAAAAUCCAAAUAGCUAGAGUUAAGAUAUUAAGCAUGAAACAUCUUUUAGUGAGUGUCUACAAAGUUUGUUCAAAUAAAAGACCUGGGGUCAAAAUUGGCCCAGCCCCGGGGGUCAUUGAUUUUCUUUAUAUGUGUAUAGCAAAAACUUAAAAUCUUCUUUGAAAAAACCAAAAUAGCUAGAGUUUAGAUAUUUAGCAUGAAACAUCUUCUAGUAAGUGUCUACAAAGAUUGUUCAAAUAAAAGCCCUGGGGUCAAAACUGGCCCGGCCCCAGGGGUGUCAUUGUUUUUAACUAUAUGUGUAUAGUAAAAACUUUUAAAAAAAUCUUCUUUUAAAAAGCCCAAUGAGCAAGAGCUUAGAUGUUUAGCAUGAAACAUCUUAUUAUUCUACCAAGUUUGUGCAAAUAAAAGCCCUUGGGUUAAAUUGGCCCUGCAACGUUGGGGGGGGGGGGGGGGGUUGGGGGGCCUAUAUACAGGUGAGCGACCUCAGGGCCAUCAUGGCCCUCUUGUUUAAAAAUACUAGUAUAUGUGUAAAGAAAAAACUUAAAAAAUCUUUUUUUUAAAAAACCCAUCAAGCUAGACCUUAUCAGAUGUUUAGCAUGAAACAUCUUCUAAUGGGUGUCUACCAAGUUUAUUCAAAUAAAAGCCCUGGGGUUUAAACUUGCCCCGCUCCGGGGGGCCUAUAUACAGGUGAGCGACUUCAGGGCCAUCAUGGCCCUCUUGUCUUCUUUUUUCACAUAGUUUUGGUACAUUGUUAAAUACUCUAAACAGCCAUCUAUAUCACAAAUGUUUCUUAUUUUGCAUUUUCAGUAACAAAAUAUAUUAUUUAUAUGCCUGUAAAUGUAUUCAUAGAUGGGUGUGUGAUGAUUUGUACCUCUUGUUUGUCCACCUGUCUGUCUGCAGAUUACAUUAAUCUUAGCCAUGAUAUUUGACUCAUUAUACCUUUGGUAAAGAGCUUUUUAUACCUUUGGUAAAGAGCUUUUUUACUUUUGGUAAAGAGCUUUUUUACUUUUGGUAAAGAGCUUUUUUACUUUUGGUAUAGAGUUUUGAUACCUUUGGUAAAGAUCUUUUAUAACUUUGCUAAAGAACUUUUAUAACUUUGGUAAAGAGCUUUUAUACUUUUGGUAAAGAGCUUUUAUAUCUUUUGGUAAAGAGCACUUAUACCUUUUGUAUAGAGCUUUUAUACCUUUGGUAAAGAGCUUUUUUACUUUUGGUAAAGAGCUUUUAUAAAUUUGGUAAUCAGUUUUCAGACGUUUCCAAAAUAACAAGUUUUCAAAAUUCUUGAAUUUUAACAGUCUUAAAGUGGAUUUGCCCACUAUGGAUGGUUGUUUGCCAUAAAUGAUUAUAAUGCCAUAUAUGAUUACAAUGCCAUAAAUGAUAACAAAAUAGGAAAUAUGAAUGGUUUGGUAACUGUGAUAUGCAUGAUCCAAUAGUAGUGAUAGUCCACUUUGAUGAAGUCCCAUCGGUUGUUCUGGAACCAAACAUUAUCAUUCUUCAUGUGUUGUUCAUACUAAACAACUGAAGAGCUUUAUCAACAUUUUUUCCUAAGAAAUAUUUUUAUAAGAAUAUCCAAAUUAUACACUUAUUGUUUUAAGAUUUAACAUUUUAUCAAUAUUGAAAAAAUAACUUUAUAAAGAUAUAAGCCGCAUCAUGACAAAACCAACAUAAUGGAUUUGCAACCUGCAUGGAUCCAGACCAGCCUGCACAUCCGCACAGUCUGAUCAGGAUCCAUGCUGUUUGCUAUCAGUUUCUCUAUGUGUUAUAGGGUUUUGUAAGCGAACAGUAUGGAUCCUGAUCAGACUGCGUGGACGCGCAGGCUGGUCUGGAUCCAUUCUGGUCGCAAACGCACUAUGUUGGUUUUGUCAUGACACGGCUCAAUUAUACUCGUUAUAGACCAAUCCACUUUAAGGCACAUCUUGUUCAAUGUUAAGACUUUUGAACUCAAACAUUAGUGAUACUUUACUAGUGUAUUAUUGUAUACUUGUAAAGAAUACACGUAUAUAUGUAAAAUAAUGUAUUUCAGAAUGAAAAACAAUAGUCUGUGAUAACUUUAUGUUUUGUAAUGUAUUUAUUAUAAGACACCAGAACAAUGUAACACCCCAAAUGGUGUUAACUGAUUGGUUAGUUUUACAAAAUGUGCUUUAGAAAAUCCAAACUUUGAUAUGUCAUAAUAUUGAAAUACUGUUCAUAAAUAAAUGCAAUAUUUGUGAAAUAUAUGAAAUUGAAAUAUAAA